AUGGCAUCUCGAGACAAACAACGAGCACAGGAAGAUUCCGCUAGCUCCCACGGCUACAGUGACUUAGGCGAUGACCAGCCCGGGCCAUCAGCGCUAAGCUUAGGCGAUACUAAACCACAGAAGGGUGAUGACGGCACGGGAGACAUCGGCGAGCUCCAGAUUGCAACUCGAGCUCGCAGCCGUGACAUUGUGAUCCUGAGACUUGACGGGAGCAACUACACGGAGUGGCGUGUGCUCAUCGCACCAGCUCUAGAUGCAGACCCAUAUGCACUAGAUGUGGCGAUGGGAGACCUCAUCCCCCCUACCCCAGGAUCAAAGGACAAGGCUUCUGUGAUCCAGCAGCGGAAAUACGAUGCAGGUAACCGGGCGGCUCGAUGUACGCUUUUCGCGUCACUACAGCCUGCUCUGGCUGUAUCCAUGUUUCCCGGCAAUUCGGCGACGGUGGCUGCCUCUGAGAUGUGGAGAGACAUUACCGGUUGGUUCACCGCCACUAACGGUGGGCUUAAACGACUGGCGAUGUCCAAACUCACGAGCUACGCCUACCAGCCGAAUAAAACCGCCGGCGAAAAUCUCUUCCGCUUCAACCAGAUCAUUUCCCGUCUAGCUGGUCUAGGAAUGGACAUCCCAAAUGAUCUGAAAAUAACAUUUCUGCUGGACGCUCUCCCAUCAAACUGGGAGUCCUUCGAGCAAGGAUUCACCUCAAGGGAUGAAUCUAGCAAGUCCUACUUCCACCUGCAGGCUGGGAUUGAGAUCCUGGAUGGGGGACCCUACUGUUGGGAAGUAGUGAGCGGAGCACUGGGACCCCCGGAUGCAACCAAGGCGAAGACAGCUGAGGGGAAGAAUCAGCAGAAGAACUUCAUCAUCGGAAAUAAGGCCGGAAGGUACAUACUGUUCAAUUCAAUACAUCCAAACUUAGCAACUGAACUCUUCAGUGAGAAUUCGGACACCGUUGAAGCCUCAGAAAUUUGGCGAUUGAUCAAAGGAAAAUUCACAAGUACUAACGGCGUGUUCAAAGAAGACGCCAUGUCCGACCUCACAAACUUCACCUACCUCCAAUCCCAGUCAACAUUAGAGAAUCUUCUGAGAUUCAAGACGAUCAUCGCCAGGCUCACAUCGUACGGGGUGAAGCUUGGCGAGGAUUAUCAAUGUGCACGUCUGCUGAGUUCACUUCCAGGAAGUUGGGAACAACUAAAGCAAGGCUGGACAGUCCGUCCAGAGAAUCAGCAGACCCUGUCGCAGUUGAUCAAGUCGAUCGAGAUCCAGGCCAAGAGACAAGUUCGAGAAAGCGGCCAUGUUCAGAGAGACUGCCGCGUAUCCAUCGGAGCAAGCCAACAGUUCAAUGCAAGAGGCCGAGGACGACCACAUGGCCGAGGCCGUCAGGCUCGGAGGUUCGAGGACAAUCAGGUCCACUGGUUCUGGUUCCGUGCACAUGACCGUCAACCAAAACGGCACGGUCUGUGCACUACACCUUACCGAGCCAAGCCACUUGAUGAGGACUGUGGCGUCCAAGUGACCCAAGAAGCCAUCAUCAUUGAAAACGAUCCUGAGCAAAUCUCGGCUCGGAGAACCAACGGAGUCUUCAUCAUCCAUGCUGAUUCGCCAACAGCCCAAGGAUGCACGGCAAGCGCCAAAAACUCGAAUCCGCAUUAUCUUCUAUUCGUGACCGGUGCUUCACCUGAAACUACGGCGGCUGACCUUCUGGCGCAUUGCGAGCGCUUCUCGGAUCAAGUCAUAUCAGUUUCCAAAUUCAAACAGCGGAAUCUGCUGACACUUUCUACUCCAAGGCGAACUGGCCUGUUAACAUCUGCUUCAAGCCUUUCGCGGGUGUGA